GUUCCGCGACUGCCAGCGCCUUCCAUUCCCGGAGCCCAAGUUUUUGCUCCCGCCGCCCCUGGGGCCGCUGGCCUCCCUAGGCCUGGGAUCCCUCCCUUGCCCGGGUCUCCGGCCGGGGCAAUCUCACCGGUCACACAGCCGUUCACUGCAGUAGGCUUCUGCGCCGUUACGACGUAGUUGUACGACAUAUUGAGGCCUUGGGUUGGCCCGUGGGGCGCCUAGAGCGACGAUAGAGAGACGGGCGCGAGCGAAGAGACUGAGAACCCCCACCCUCACGCAGCCAACUCCGUGGCUGCUGCCUCCGCCCCUGAGACACGUUGCAGGCCAGAGAGGCCAGGCGCAGAGGAUCACGGGACGGCCUCACCUGGCCUCUUGGAGGACUUACGGAGCCCGAGGCGGCCAACCAAGCGAGGCCCCGCCCCCUGAGGUCCCGCCUUCUCCUAACCGCCAGAGGUCGCAGUACCCGGAUGAGAGCGAGAGUACCGGUGCUGCUGUCUCUACUUCAGACCUGGUAGCAGUCAGGACCGUCCACCCGGCGGCAUCUCAGAGCAGAAGUGUGAGCUCAGCUUGUUUCAGAACUUUCCCACCAUGAGUUCCAAGAAGAUGGUGAAUUCUGUGGAAGGGUGUGCUGAUGAUGCCCUUGCUGGGUUAGUAGCCUCUAACCCUGACUUGCAGCUCCUGCAAGGGCACCGUGUGGCCCUACGUUCUGACCUGGACACCCUCAAGGGCCGGGUAGCACUUCUGUCAGGUGGAGGCUCAGGCCAUGAGCCUGCCCAUGCCGGUUUUAUCGGGAAAGGGAUGCUAACAGGUGUCAUCGCAGGAUCUGUGUUUGCCUCUCCUCCUGUGGGCAGCAUCCUGGCAGCCAUUAGAGCUGUGGCCCAGGCAGGCACAGUGGGCACCCUCCUCAUUGUGAAGAACUACACUGGGGAUCGGCUCAACUUUGGACUUGCCAUGGAGCAGGCCAAGGCCGAGGGCAUCUCUGUGGAGAUGGUGAUAGUUGAGGAUGACAGUGCCUUCACCGUCCUCAAGAAGGCAGGCCGGCGUGGCCUGUGUGGCACAGUACUUAUCCACAAGGUGGCAGGUGCUCUGGCUGAGGAAGGAAUGGGGCUGGAGGAGAUCACAAAGAGGGUGAGCGUGAUCGCCAAGACCAUGGGUACCCUAGGGGUGAGCUUGUCAUCCUGCAGUGUCCCUGGCGCCACACACACCUUUGAGCUUGCAGCUGAUGAAAUAGAGCUAGGCCUGGGGAUCCAUGGGGAAGCUGGUGUUCGUCGGAUAAAGAUAGCACCUGUUGAUCAGAUUGUCACUCUUAUGCUUGACCACAUGACAAACACCUCCAAUAUAUUUCAUGUGCCUGUACGGUCAGGCUCUUCAGUGGUGCUGAUAGUCAACAAUCUGGGUGGCCUGUCUUUCCUGGAACUGGGCAUCAUAGCUGAUGCUGCCAUACGCUUGCUGGAGGGCCGUGGAGUGAAGGUCGCCCGUGCCCUGGUGGGCACCUUCAUGUCAGCGCUGGAGAUGCCUGGUGUGUCUCUUACUUUGAUGCUUGUGGAUGAACCCGUGCUGAAGCUAAUAGAUGCUGAAACUACUGCAAAAGCCUGGCCUCACAUGGCCAAGGUCUCUGUGACUGGGAGGAAGCGGAUUCGGGCAGCUCCCACAGAGCCUCCAGAAGCCCCUGAAGCCACUGCAGCAGGAGGUGUAACAUCAAAGCAGAUGGCACUUGUGCUGGAUCGGAUAUGCACCACCCUCAUCGGACUGGAGGAGCACCUGAAUGCCUUGGACAGGGCUGCUGGUGAUGGGGAUUGUGGUUCUACCCAUAGCCGUGCUGCCAAAGCCAUUCAGGGCUGGCUAAAGGAAGGCCCAUCUCUAACCAGCCCUGCCCAGGUACUCUCCAGAUUGUCUGUCCUGCUGCUGGAGAGGAUGGGAGGCUCAUCUGGGGCGCUCUAUGGCCUGUUCCUGACUGCAGCUGCCCAGCCUCUCAAGGCCAAGACUGACCUCCCAACCUGGUCUGCUGCCAUGGAUGCCGGCUUAGAGUCCAUGCAGAAGUAUGGAAAGGCUGCACCAGGAGACAGGACAAUGCUGGAUUCUCUGUGGGCAGCAGCACAGGAGUUCCAAGCCUGGAAGAGCCCAGGGGCCAGUCUCCUCCCAGUCCUGACUAAAGCAGUCAAGGAGUGGUAAGGAAAGCAGCCCAAAAUCUGCAGACCAGCAGAAGAGACAUGUGUGACCAAGGCAAGAAGGUCUUUGUGCCAAUGGAGGACCAGAAAAAAACGGCAAUAAGCCAAAGCCACAAGAAAAGCAGAGGAACAGCUAGUGGCUGGACAGCGAGAGCCUGCAACUGGAGUAGCAAGGUUGGGUCUCUGGCCCAAGAGAAGUCUGUUGCUGAAACCAGCCAGGAGCCCCAGUACAGCAGAACUUCUGAGGGAGCAGAGACCGCAUCGCUGACCGUUCCCAGGAGCCCCUGCCCGCUUCAUUCCCUGUCAUGCAACAGGGGCUGGAAAGAAGGAAGAUGCACAGGGGUUAAAGACAUGACCUCGAAAGAACCUGAGCUUCAGGAGGCACACCAGGCCCGAGCUGCUCAGACAGACCCUCAACCUGCAGGGUGAACCCAGCCAAGCCACCAGAUCUUUCAGGGAAGCCCCAAGGUUCCUGAGACUGGUCCAUAGCAUAUCUUCCCACAUCUGCCAGAUGCCUCAGUUACCAAGAACAGGCAAGACCUGCUUUAAGCACUUGAUGUAUUACUAAGCUCUUGUCCCACUAUUCUUGCCACAGAACUGGCAGAGCCUCGCCAGGCUCAAGUCCUUCCAAAUGUCAUCUCACAGAGCCAAGGACUCUUGUAGGGGAGGGGACCUUGGGAAGUUACUCCCGGGUUUGGCUGCUCUGACACCAGAGUCCCCAUCGACCACUCAAUCUGCACCUUCAAGCUGCUUGGCUUCCCACCUGGCUAUAGGGUCAAUCUUCUUAGCAAGGUGCAAGUCCUUCUUGAGUCCUUCUCUACACCUGGCCUUACCCCACCUAGAAUGGGAGACAGCAGCCAUACCUGUCUAUCAGUCAGAGCUCCUGGAUCUGGACGCUUCCAUGAUGAAGCCAGAAGAACAUAGAGAACCAGCAAGCCAAAAGCCACCACCAAGAGCCCUGUGCUGUUGGCAAAGACAGCCUCACCAGGCAGGCUGGAGUAGGGCUUGGUGGCAUUUUUCCUGGAAAUAAUAAAAUAAUAUGGGUAUUUGGAA